AUGGACCGUUUUAUUCCGAAUAGAAAAACUUCUAAAUUAGACACAUAUCAAGCACAUGAAUAUAAUGAAAACUCAUACUAAUUUGACCCAAGCAACAUUGAUGCAGAUGGUGUCCAAAUAAAGAAUUCAGUUGAUAAAGUAGAAUUAAAUCAAAUUACAAUUUCUCAACUAUAUAAAAACUAUGUAUUAGGAAUAAAAGACCAUAAGUUAGCAGAUCCUUAGCAUAUAUAUUGUCCUUUUAAAAAUCAAAAUAUAUUAAAAUUCAAAAAUGAGCCAAGUCUAUAUAAUUUUUAAAAAUAAAUACUUAGGCCCUUAAAUUAAAAUGAGUUUUUUCAUAAUCCAAUUCACGAUUCAUGUUGUUCAAAAAUUAGAAACAUUCGUAAAAUCUCAAAAGCUCCAUAUAAAGUUCUAGAUGCGCCUGCCUUAUAAGAUGAUUUUUAUUUAAAUCUUAUAGAUUGGUCAAGUUAGAAUGUACUUGCAGUAGGUUUGACUUCAUGUGUUUAUUUAUGGAGUGCCAGCUCUUCUAAAGUAACUAAAUUGUGUGAUUUUGGAAGAGUAAAUGAAGUUACAUCUGUGAAUUGGUGUAGUUAAAAUCCUUUAAUUGCCAUAGGAACAAAUACAGGAGAUGUAGAAAUAUGGGAUAAUGUUAAAAUGGAAUAAUUAAGAGUUUUAUCAGGACAUAGUUAAAGAGUAGGAACAUUAGCAUGGAAUUAAAAUAUAUUGACAUCAGGUUCUCGCGAUAAGAAUAUAUUAAUAAGAGAUAUUCGAAGCAAAAAUAUAUUCGAAUAAAAAUAUAUAGGCCAUAAAUAAGAAGUAUGUGGUUUAAAAUGGUCUUUUGACGAACAAUAUUUGGCAUCAGGAGGAAACGAUAAUAGGCUUCAUGUAUGGAAUAAGCAUUCGAAUAAGCCAAUGUAAUAAUUCACUAACCAUAACGCAGCUGUAAAGGCAUUAGCUUGGUCCCCACAUUAGCAUGGAUUAUUAGUUUCUGGAGGAGGAACUUAAGAUAGAAUGAUUAGAUUCUGGAAUAUUUUAACGGGAAAAUAGUUGGAAUGCAUAGAAACAGGAAGUUAGGUUUGUAAUUUGGUUUUUAGUAAAAAUUUAAAUGAAUUAGUUAGCACACACGGGUAUUCAGAGAAUUAAAUUAUUAUAUGGAGUGUGCCUGAAAUGGAUAAAAUUACCACAUUAACAGGACAUUCGUGCAGGGUUUUAUAUUUGGCGAUGAGUCCGGAUGGAUAGACAAUUGUUACUGGGGCCGGCGAUGAAACUUUGAGAUUCUGGAAUGUCUUUCCUGGAAGUAAGGGUGACGUAUAAAAAACUGUACACACUUCUUUACUUAUAGCUAAAAAUAAUUUCCUUAGAUGA